UUGGGUCGCUAGCUUUGCGAUUGGGCCUUUCGAAAGCGUUACCAACUCAGCAGCUUGUUGAAUGACGGAUGAACAACCAAAUUCGUCUCCGCAGUUCCUCCAUUCUGCUGUAAAUGCAAGGAACUCAACUCAAGCUCUGCAAACCGUUCUUGGUCAUCGGUGCCCCCAACUUGGCUUCUACACCUCCAUCUCCUGCGUCUUUCCCUGCCCCUGCCCUCCUCCCUACAAACGUCGUUUUUCUGUGGACAUCUAUGAGAAUGUAUGAAUGGAACAACUCAGCAUUGCGUGGAGCACAGAGCUCUUCAAGCUUGGACAAUCCGCAUAGACAAGUUGCGAGGCGCGCGUAGUAUCAAGCUACUGCCGCUUAUGAAGCCUGGUGAUGUCAUAUACGAACCACGGACCGGGUGGUCGAUGGGCAAAACGGAGCUUCGUUCCAGCUUCGUUGGCCGCUGGAAAUCGACCCUUCCUGGGGGGAAAAUGCGGAAGAAGGCCAGAGAGAUGGGAGAGCACUAGGAGGGGGCGUAAACCUCUUGAACGGGCGGAUGAACGAGCUCGGGCGACGUGGCAUGAACUCUACCUCCCCCCUCCUUAUCCUCCACCACAAUGAUUUCACGGCGCAAUGACUGAAGAAACUCCGCCUUGAUAUCUCGACUGCAUCACAGAAGGUUAAGCCUUCGCUAGCUGCCCCAGGUCCACCCGCCAUACCUACCAACCCCGUCCAGCCAACGCUGACCGUCGUGCGGACAAACAUAUUUGGUGCAGCCCUUAGGGACCUGCCCGACAUUAACCUCCAAGCGUAGUUUCGCCUCCCUUGACCCUCCUCAAAUGGCCGCCAUUCUCCGGGCCAUGGACCGCAGUGUUUCUCCUCGGCCACCGAAAACGGAGGAUGGAAUAAAGCAGGAGCUUGCGGCGAAAAACGCUGAUCCAGCGCAGCCGGGGAGGAGGAUGAAGCGUGUGAGGCAGGUUCGAGUGCCCGAGCUCAAGUUGAUGGGGGCGCUCAUUGAAGUUGUGGGACUGUUAAGCGCACCUGCUUCGCAGCUCGUAGCUGUCGUAAGCGAAGCAAGUGUAGGAAAGCCGGCGAGAACGUUGGAAGGAUUGAAGAAGAGCUUGGAAGGCUCCGAGAAAGACCCUUCUGCCUAA